AUGGAAUACGCAAGUGGAGGAGAAUUAUUUGAAUAUAUCGUCGCCAAUACCAGAAUAAAAGAAAAAGAAGCAUGCGGAUUUUUUCAACAAAUUUUAGCUGGUGUUGAGUAUCUUCACAAGUUAAAUAUCGCCCACAGAGACUUGAAGCCUGAAAAUUUGCUUUUAGACUCAAAAAAACGAAUAAAAAUUGCUGAUUUUGGGUUAUCAAACACAUUCAAGCCUGGACAAUUAUUGAAAACUGCUUGUGGAAGCCCUUGCUAUGCAGCUCCAGAAAUGAUAGAAGGAAAGCGAUAUAAUGGCGCUGAGGUUGACGUCUGGAGCUGCGGGAUAGUCAUGUUUGCCUUAAUUUGUGGGUAUUUACCAUUUGAGGACCCAAAUACUUCCCAACUAUAUAAAAAAAUUAUUUCUGGGGAAUUUAAAAUGCCAAAAUAUAUCAGUGAAGAAGCCAAAGAUUUAUUAUCAAAAAUCAUCAAUGUAAAUCCUAAAGAAAGAUAUACAAUAGACCAGAUAAGGCGGCAUCCAUGGCUUCAAAUGGCUCAUUAUGAAGCUCCUAUAGGGAUUAUGGUAGGCUUUGAUAAGAUUCCAAUAGAAGAAAACGUUUUAGAGCAGCUUGAGCAAUUUGGGUUUAAUUCUGAGCAGGCUAAAAAAUACCUUGAAAUAAAUAAACACAAUCAUAUAACGACGACAUAUUAUUUGUUAUUGAAAAGAUUUCAAUUGGAGCCAAUUUUAAUAUCUAAAGAAAGCGGCUCCAUGUCAAAUGACAGUGGAUUUUUUACAGUGUACAUUUCAUGAAAUACAUUUAGUCGAAAAUUUUUAAUAGUGCGACAUUUGGCCGAAAAUUAACGGCUUUUUCGGUCAAAUAUCUCACUAUCAAAAAUUUUCAACCAAUUUUCGGCCAAAAAUUUUUCGGUGAAAUGGACGCUAUCAAAAAGGCAAUGCCAUUUAACCUGCCCCCAAAGAAAGCAGCGGGGCUCCAAAACCGCCUUCUAGAUCAGCUACUCCAGUGCCAAAAAUUCCUAUUGAAAAAAUAAUACAAGAAGGAAGCAAAACUGAAAGGUCUCGCACCCCAAAUUUAUCUGAAUUAAGAGAUAUAGAUUCAGCAAGAAAAUUUGAAGCCCAAAAUGGCACCACUGUGAUAAAAAAAGUAGAAAAUGUUGAAACGCCGAAAAAAAUAAAAAUUAAAGGAAACGAAACGAUUAAGCAGCAAGUAAAAACUGCGGAAUCUCCUAAAAGAAAUAUAAAAAAAGCUGCAGAAGUAGUCCUUAAAAAAAUUGAUUCAAAGCCAACAGAAGCUCCUAAGCCUUCAACUGCAAAGUCUACUCAUGCGAGAAAUGCAACUCAUAUUGUGACAAAAAAUACAGAAAAAGUUCGAGUUCAACACAAUUCAAUAUCCCCUCAUCCUCCCAGGUCACCUAUUUUUGAAAAACCAGUGAAAAUUGCCCAAUCUAAUGGAGAUCAUAUUACCCCUCGAGAAGCUUUAAAGCCAUAUAAUGGACCUUUCUGUAUCAAUUGCACAAGUACAAGGCCUACCAUUGAAAUUAUUAAUUCUUUGGCUGGCGAAGAUUUUUUGCUCGCAAAUUGUUAAAAUAUUUUUUGGAACUUAAAUUUAAAUGCUUGAAAAGGAAAAUCUUAUUUAAUUUAUAAAAUUUAUGCUAUUUGAUAUGGUGUCUAAAGUUUAAUAUAAUUAGCAGAAGACUUCAUCAUGAUUGUCAAAUUAUUAUUUGUAUAAAUUUUUUUUUAUAUAAAAAUUAAUGCUCGAUAGUGACGAAAUAAUGUUUCCAAAAGCAGGGCUUUUUAUAUUUUAACCAAGGGGCGAGUAAACAAAUUAUAAAGGCCCUUGAAAUGCAAAAAGCAACAUAUAAGCAGUCAGGUGCAUAUAAUUUUAUAUGUAUUAAAAGCAGGUUUAAGUUUGAAAUUGAAUUAAAUUACAUUGAAGGAUCAACUGGAUUGAAGUUGGUCAGGUUUAUAAAUAUUGGAACAAAUUAUAGUGGAUUGGAUAAAUGUGAUACUUUAUUAAAUAUUUAUGAUAAGCAUUAAGCUUUUUUAUAUUUAUCAACAAUUUACUGAAUAUUGGUAUAUAGCAGCUUCCAAGCUAUUUGUGAAGAAAUUUUGGAAUUGAUGGAUUUAGCUUAA